CUGAGAGUGCGAGAGAGAGAAGAGCUUGAGUUGUAACUGGAAUAAUCUAAAAAAAACAUCUCUGAACAAAUGGUCUGAAAGGACAAGACAUCUUCAAAAUUGGAAGUCUGUCUCCGUGCAAGUGUUUCGGGAUGAAGCACCUGUGGGACGUUCACUUCCUCCUGCUCAUCCUCCUCUACCUGUUAGGAGCCGUCAUGUCACAGGUCAACCCAGGUGUGUGUCGGUAUCCUCUGGGCAUGUCAGGAGGGCAGAUACAGGACGAGGACAUCUCCGCCUCCAGCCAGUGGUCCGAGUCCACCGCUGCUAGAUACGGCAGGUUGGACUUUGAGGAGGGCGACGGCGCCUGGUGUCCGGAGAUAACGGUGGAGCCAGACAGCCUGAAGGAGUUCCUCCAGAUUGACCUGCGCUCGCUCCACUUCAUCACCCUGGCGGGCACCCAGGGUCGUCAUGCGGGAGGCAUCGGAAAUGAGUUCUCCCAGAUGUACAAGAUCAAGUACAGCCGCGACGGGAGCCGCUGGAUCUCGUGGAGAAAUCGGCAGGGCAAGCAGGUGAUUGAGGGAAACAGGAACGCCUACGACAUCGUGCUGAAGGACCUGGAGCCGCCCAUCAUCGCUCGCUUCGUCCGCUUCAUGCCCGUCACGGACCACUCCAUGAACGUCUGCAUGAGAGUGGAGCUCUACGGCUGUGAAUGGCUGGAUGGUCUCGUGUCGUACAACGCUCCAGCAGGAGAACAGAUGAGCUCGCCUGCUUACCCUGCUUAUUUCAACGACUCUGUCUAUGACGGUGCUGUCAUCCACAGUAUGACAGAGGGCUUGGGGCAGCUGACGGAUGGCGUGUGCGGCCUGGAUGAUUUUACACACAGUCACGUCUACAAUGUGUGGCCCGGCUACGACUACGUGGGUUGGACCAACGAGAGCUUCCCCAGUGGAUAUGUUGAAAUCAUGUUUGAAUUUGACCGCAUACGCAACUUCACCACCAUGAAGGUCCACUGCAACAACAUGUACUCUGGGCACAUCAAGGCCUUCCGCCAGGUGGUGUGUUACUUCCGCUCUGAGGCGGACUGGGAGGCCACGCCGCUCGCCUUCAGCCCCGUGGAGGACGAGAAGAAUCCCAGCGCCCGCUUCAUCACCGUCAACCUGGCCAAUCACAUGGCCAGCGCCAUCAAGUGCCAGUUCUACUUUGCAGACGCCUGGAUGUUGUUCAGCGAGAUCACCUUCCAGUCAGAUACAGCCAUGUACAACACAACACUGGCUCCACCCAAGACAGGACUGCCCCCCAACAUACAACCAGAGGACGACCCAACCCACAAAAUAGAUGACAGCAACACCCGCAUUCUGAUUGGUUGUUUAGUGGCCAUCAUCCUCAUCCUCGUGGUCAUCAUCGUCAUCAUCCUGUGGAGGCAGGUGUGGCAGAAGAUGUUGGAGAAGGCCUCUCGCCGGAUGCUGGACGAUGAACUAACUGCUAGUUUGUCAAUACAGAGUGAGACGUUCGCUUACAACCACAACCAGUCGAGCACAAUCAUUGAGCAGGAGUCUAAUUCCACAUACGAGCGCAUCUUCCCCCUCGGUCCAGACUAUCAGGAGCCAUCGCGCAUCAUAUGUAAGCUGCCGGAGUUUGCUCAGAGCUCGGAGGAGCCCGCUUCAACCAGCACAGCAGCUUCUAAAUCCACCACAACCACCGUCGUCCAAGAUGGCGCCCCUCACUACGCAGAGGCCGACAUCGUGAACCUGCAAGGCGUGACCGGAAGCAACACGUACGCCAUCCCCGCGCUGGCUAUGGACCUGUUGUCAGGGAAGGACGUUGCAGUGGAGGAGUUCCCGCGAAAACUGCUCACGUUCAAGGAGAAGCUGGGAGAGGGCCAGUUUGGAGAGGUGCACCUGUGUGAAGCAGGGGGAAUGCAGGAGUUCAUGAACAAGGAGUUUUUAUUUGACAUCCCCGAGGACCAGCCAGUUUUAGUGGCCGUGAAGAUGCUCCGUUCAGACGCCGACAAAAAUGCAAGGAAUGACUUCCUGAAAGAGAUAAAGAUCAUGUCGCGUUUGAAGGACCCCAACAUCAUUCGCCUGCUGGCCGUGUGCAUCUACAGCGACCCUCUCUGUAUGAUCACAGAGUACAUGGAGAACGGAGAUCUCAACCAGUUUCUGUCCCGCCACGAACCCGAGGGACAACUGGCUCUGCUCAGCAACGCGCCUACAGUCAGCUUCAAUAAUCUGUGCUACAUGGCGGCUCAGAUUGCGUCGGGGAUGAAGUACCUCUCCUCUCUAAACUUUGUUCAUCGGGACUUGGCCACGCGGAAUUGCCUGGUGGGCAAGAACUACACGAUAAAGAUAGCUGACUUUGGCAUGAGCAGAAACCUGUACAGCGGUGACUACUACCGCAUCCAGGGCAGAGCGGUGCUGCCUAUACGCUGGAUGUCGUGGGAGAGCAUUCUGCUGGGUAAGUUCACCACAGCUAGCGAUGUGUGGGCCUUCGGGGUCACCCUGUGGGAGAUACUAAACUUCUGCAAGGAGCAGCCCUACUCCCAGCUCACUGAUGAGCAGGUGAUAGAAAACACCGGGGAAUUCUUCAGGGACCAGAAAAGACAGAUCUACCUGCCUCAGCCUGUGCUGUGUCCAGACAUGCUCUACAAGAUCAUGCUGAGCUGCUGGAGGAGGAACACCAAGGAGCGGCCCUCCUUCCAGGAAAUACACCGAGCCCUCCUGGAAAUGCAGCCGUAAGCCGGGGCAACGUUUAAGACAGUGAUUCCCAGACUGCUCAUCUCUGGGAGGAAAAAUGGUGCAAAGACAAGGGUAGACCAUGAUUCAGACCCGAUCCAGGUUUAAGCUAUCUUGUUUCAGGAGAGAAAAAAACAGGAUGAGAGCCACCUGUGGGCUCCGAGCUACAAUUUUGGAGACACUGAUUCAUGGACUUACACUCUGCAAAGAUGGACUAUACCAAAGACUUUUGGUGUCAGUUUGAGCUCAAUCGGCUCAAUCAGAGGUUUUAUAGACAUACAGGUAUUAUUAGAAAACAAAUCUAUUCUAAUGGAGACGUGAUUAAGGUUUGGUCGGGACACGUGUUCAAAAAAUAAAUGUAGCAAGUGACAUUCGGCACUUUUAAAAACGUAUUUUGAUUUCACUUUUUCGUUUUUUUUUCAUAUGAGUUCAAAUUCCCCAUGUUACAAUGUUUGAUAUGCAUCGCUGAAGAGCUUGCUUGUGUUUCCUUUUGGAAGACUGCUUGAAUGUAGAAGAGGAAACGUGCAGCCGACCGUUACUGUUACAUUUCUUUUUAUUUCAAGUAUUUUCAUCUCAGACAAACUCCACACAUUUAGAGUGACAAGGAAAUAUUGGUAACACUUUCUAUGACGACCAUGUCUGUAGUGCAUUAUAAACAUAUGUAUACUGUGUUAUAAUCUGUUUAUAGCACUGUGGAGUUAUAGUGAUAACACUCAUACAUAUGCAUGCUUUAUAACAAUAAUUAUAACACAUUAUAAAGCAUUAUAUAAUGACUUGUAAGGUAAUUUGGUGGUCACUCACUGAUUUUUUUUUUUUCAAGGAUCAUAAUGUAUUAUAUCUUGAUAUUGUAAUAAAUUAUUAUCUUUUCAUAACGCAUUAUAAUGUGAUUCUAAUAUAUUUUAAGCGGUCGUUGAUUCCUUUAAGUAAAGGGAAAACAUUAUUAAAUCUGCAAGAACAACACAAUUAUUAUUUACUUUACUGAAAGAAAAUAUACAAUGCUGUAUAAUUGUUAUGAUUAUUGUUUUAAAGCAUUAUGAAUAUGUAUGAGCGCUUAUAAUUAUAAAUAUAUAGUACAAUAAGCAGACAAUAAUGCAUUAUAAGUAUGUUUAUAAUGCAUUAUAGACAUAUAAAGUGUUUCUGAGUCUUUCUCAUCUCCCACAGUUUUCCUUCUGUGAUUUGAACACAAAGUGUAUAUGAGUGUAUUUUCAAUAGAUACGUCUAAAUGUCAAAUAGCAAUAUUUUGUAUUAAUAUUUAUAUGUUCAUUAUGUGUUUUUUCUGUUUAUGUUUUGUUGAUAUAUUUGUGGAUUAAUAUUCUCUUUAAGUUUUUGGAGUAUCUUAUUUGAUGUGAUUCACUAACUUCACCGCUCACAUUUGGGAUCUAAACACCAAACAAACUGCUUCCAAAGGUUUGUUUGUUUGUUUGUUGUUUGUUUGCCACUGCAAAAGUGUUAUCGUCUCGCGUUGAUCCCAAAAUGAAAUAUCAUUCUUUGAUAAUUGAUCAGAUGUUGCAAGAUGCUUAUCGGGAAAGCAGGCUGUGUUUUUGUUCAUGUUGGUUAAAGGGUAUGUGUUUACAGUCAGCAUCAUUGGGAAGAUGUUGGUGUCGAACAAGUUAAUGCAUAUAUGAUUACAGUUCGUCUCGGUUGGCAAAGAAAGUGUAUUUCCUUUGAAAUCAGGAAUGUAGAGGAGCCUAAUUCAUGUGUUUGAUUGGAACAGAAUGACUGCUUCAGAUAGGUUUAUAUUAGCUGACGAAAGCUAACACAGCUAAUGACUUAUCUAUUUUAUUUUAUUGGUGUGUGCUGGAUUCUCUCCUCUUCUUCUCUGGCAUAUGUCUGUGUGUAACUCUUUCAUAGCUUGAACUUCAUACUGCAUACCACUGUUUUCCUGCCACUUCCGCUGUAUUUACAGGCUCUAGCCUCUUAUCAGAGGCCUUGUUCAUAAAAGACACUCAUGUCUGCCCUUAUGCAUGGUAUUUUCAACGUGUAUGUGGAAGUUCACCCUUAUCUUUAUGUGUUUCGCAAUCUAGGCAAACGAUUAGUACAAGUAAGUUAAAUAUUAAUUUUGGAGACACAUUUUGGGUGUUUAUGCAGAGUGUGGUUAUUCCCAUCGGAUAAGGAAAUCUUUUCAUUACAAUCCGUGUUUUAAAUGAGUUGAUUUCACGAUUAGUUUUACUACAUUUUUGUACUCAAACGUUUGUUUGUUUUCGGUGAGAAUGGUUUUAUAUACGUUGUAAACAAAUGUUGUACAUUGAUGGACGAAAUAUAAAUAAAAUGUAA